AUGAAGGUUUACCUCGAAAACAAAGUAUUACUGCUGUUGUGGUUCCUACUUUUAGCAGGUUUUGAUAUUGAGGCUUCAACCUACAACUACUCUGCAAGCAUAGAGUGCCAGAUUAGUCCUUCUGCUCCUCAAUAUGAAGGAGGACUCGUAGCAAACCCAAAGUUUGAUGAUGGCUUAGAAGGAUGGAAGGUUUUUGGAAAAGGCAAAAUUGAAGAAAGAACUUCUAAGACUGGGAACAAGUUUAUUGUGGCUUAUAAUAGAACUCAGUCUAAUGAUAGUUUCUCACAACACAUAUAUUUAGAGGAAGGGCUUCUUCACACAUUUUCAGCUUGGGUACAAAUUAGUGAAGGAAGUGACACUGUGAUUGCUGCAUUUAAAACUUGGCAUAAUGAAACAAAGAUAGUGGGCUCUGUCAUAGCUCAAUUUGGCUGCUGGUCUAUGCUAAAAGGAGGACUCUCUGUUAAUCUCACUAUGCCAGCAGAGCUCUAUUUUACG